AUGGAUCAAGAUUUCAAUGCUCUUAUUCAUAAUGACACUUGGAAACUUGUACCUGCUGAACCACAUAUGAAUGUAGUAGGGUGCAAGUGGGUGUUCCGCACCAAGCGGAAUGCUAAUGGCUCGAUUGAGCGAUACAAGGCACGACUUGUGGCGAAGGGGUUUAACCAAGUAGCUGGUGAAGACUUCUUUGACACUUUCAGUCCUGUGGUCAAGCCGACCACUGUUCACCUACUGUUCUCUCUUGCAGUAUCACACGACUGGACUAUGCGUCAGCUAGAUGUGCACAAUGCCUUUUUAAAUGGGCAUUUACCUGAGACGGUGUACAUGAAGCAGCCACCGGGGUAUGAAAACCCGACACACCCAGAUCAUGUGUGUCAUCUUCAACGGUCACUAUAUGACGUGUCUCUGUUUCAUUACUCUACUGGUUCAUCACGUGUGUAUGUCGAUGACAUAAUCAUGAUGGGGAACGAUCCCGUGCUUAUCUCCGAAUUAUUGCAACGCCUGUCGACUACCUUCAAAAUUCGAGAUCUUGGAACGCCCAGUUUUUUCCUCGGGAUCAAGACAUUGAAAGAUAAAACGGGGUUUUUACUAUCUCAGCAACGUUAUAUGAAAGACAUUCUCAAUCGUGCUGGGAUGUCCGAUUGCAAACCACUGGCUACUCCCGCUGCUAUUACUCAGCCAGUGACGCCGUCUGACCAACCGUACGACAAUCCGACACAGUAUCGACGUUUGGUUGGGGCACUUCAGUACCUGACUGUUACGCGUCCUGACUUAUCCUUUUCUGUUAAUCGACUGUGUCAGUUUAUGCAUUUGCCGUCCAACGAUCAUUGGGGUUUGUUGAAGCGUGUUCCCCGAUACAUCAAAGGCACCAUCACUUAUGGCUUGCGACUCACUGCUUCAGCUUCAUCCACUAUUCAUGGGUUUUCUGACUCAGACUGGGCUGGGUGCCCGAUCGACAGGAAAAGCACCAGCGGGUAUGCAGUGUUUCUCAGCGACAAUCUUAUCUCUUAG